GCUUUUCAUACCGCACACUACCUCUCCUCUCGCCCACUCCACCACCACCACACUCCCACAAUGGCCCGUACCAAGCAGACCGCCCGCAAGUCCACCGGUGGCAAGGCGCCCCGCAAGCAGCUCGCCACCAAGGCCGCCCGCAAGUCGGCGCCCUCCACCGGCGGUGUCAAGAAGCCCCACCGUUACCGCCCGGGUACCGUCGCGCUCCGUGAGAUCCGUCGCUACCAGAAGUCGACCGAGCUCCUCAUCCGCAAGCUCCCCUUCCAGCGCCUCGUCCGUGAGAUCGCCCAGGACUUCAAGACCGACCUCCGCUUCCAGAGCUCGGCUGUCCUCGCCCUCCAGGAGGCCAGCGAGGCCUACCUCGUCUCCCUCUUCGAGGACACCAACCUGGCUGCCAUCCACGCCAAGCGUGUCACCAUCCAGCCCAAGGACCUGCAGCUUGCCCGUCGCCUCCGUGGCGAGCGCUCUUAAGCGCACGGGCAUGGGACCCCAUCUUCGUAUACAUUUCGAUUUGCUCCUUUGUACUGUCCUUGCCUGGCCGGUCUUGAUGCAACCGUGCUAGCCUCGCUUUUGACGUGUAGGUGGUGGGACGGGGUGGGGCGCGUGAGCGGGCAGGAAUGACCGCCGUAGAUAUCCCGGGGCAGGUUCGCCAUUGAUCUCCCGUUCCUCAGCACCCUCUGUUUGGCCACUGGGGGGUCUGCGGGUCAUUUCGUAUCGGCCUCGCUCUUUAGUGAAACCACGGGGUUGAGUCAUAAUGCCCCGUCUGCCAUCGACCGCCCCACUCCGGCGUCAACUCGCCCCACCACACAAAACCAUGCGAUGCAGUAAAUAUACA